AUGACUCUCGCAAAUAGACUCCCUACGUUCGAAGGUGCCAUUCAAGUCAAGAUCCAGCGCCAGGGUGCCUAUCUGGCCGAUCUUAGCUGGGAAUGGUCGGUGGGCCAUGUGCCUAAUGGAGGCUAUACCGCCGCCAUCUUUUACCGGGUGGCAGCCACGCAUUUCCAAACGACACAGCCGAACCGCCACAACGGUUGCGCCAGACCGAUUGCAAUGCAAUUGUCCUACUUCCGUCGAUGCCAGGUCGGCCCUGCUACCUUCCUGGUGGACGAUAUCAAGCUUGGAACUCGCAUUUCGGUUAUUCAUGUCACCCUCAUCCAGGCCGAUCGUCCCGUGGUGGCCGGGUACCUGACCAUCUCCGAUAGCGUUUCCGACACUGGAAUCUCGAUGGCCACCAAUUGGAGUAUCGGUAGCCCCGUACGCAGGGGUGCACUUCCGAUGGUAUCGUGGCCUCCAUCGGACAUGAAUGAUAUCAAUUGGAGGAAAGUUGUCGUGGCGAAUCCGGCGUUCCGGCGUGCUGCAACCAGGGUGGAAUUAUACCAAGUAAGCGAGCGCGGUGACCAGAUCUCCACCCCCCGGCCACCUGGCGUUGGACAAUGGGCGCGACUCCGACCGGGCGGCCAGCAGGAACCUGACAGCAAUGCAGAGUGGACAAUGGAGUCUGUCUCGUUCCUGUGCGACAUUCUCCCCACCGCACUUGGCCCUCUAGAGCAUUGGGUGCAUCAGAAGUACAAAGGCGAUGAGAAUGUUGCUGGGCCCCCCGGCCCUCUUUGGUUCCCCACUCUUGCCCUCAAUAUCGACUUUAAAACAUGUGCUCGGACGGACCUGGGCGAGUGGCUCUAUAGCCAUAUCCACAUCAAGUCGGUUCACAAUGGACGGUUAGAUGUCGAAGUUGUGGUUGUAGAUGCCGAGGGAAAUCUUGUUGCGGUUGCCACCCAGAUGGCUCUGAUCAUGUCGAGUGAACGCAAUGCCAUGAAAAAGGACCGCCAAGAGCAUCUAUGAUCAUAGUUCUCAAUUUUCUCCUCUUUGUCUACUUCAUGGUCUAUAUAUAAAAUGAGACUAAAUCAGCGCGAUUCCUUGUUCUUUGCGUUUGGAUUGAGUUGCACUGCAACCGAUGAAACUCAGACCGUGCAUUUGAGGAGUCGCAUCAUUCUCUUAUUCUGCCAGGGCGUGGCUUCCAUUGAGAAGAUGUACAUAGUUUGCCCAGAAUUCCUCUUCGUAUGAAUCACGCUCAUAGGGAGAUGAAUCAGUUGGGUUUGCGGUCGGCAACAGAUCGAGGAGAAGGGCGUUCUCGUUGGGCGUCAAGCGAAAACUCUCGAGAACCCGAUAAGAGUCAAUCUGGCUGCGCUCUGGACGUUCUCUGGGAACAGUUUGCCCG